AUGCCCAAUGCCUGUGUAUUUGAGGGAGGAGAUGGGAUGGUUAGCUUCAACAAAGUGAACCUACAAGUGACUGGGGAACAGGUGAACGUACAGGUGACUGGGGAACAGGUGAACGUACAGGUGACUGGGGAACAGGUGAACGUACAGGUGACUGUUAGACAGGUGAACGUACAGGUGACUGGGGAACAGGUGAACGUACAGGUGACUGGGGAACAGGUGAACGUACAGGUGACUGGGGAACAGGUGAACGUACAGGUGACUGGGGAACAGGUGAACGUACAGGUGACUGGGGAACAGGUGAACGUACAGGUGACUGGGGAACAGGUGAACGUACAGGUGACUGGGGAACAGGUGAACGUACAGGUGACUGGGGAACAGGUGAACGUACAGGUGACUGUUAGACAGGUGAACGUACAGGUGACUGGGGAACAGGUGAACGUACAGGUGACUGGGGAACAGGUGAACGUACAGGUGACUGGGGAACAGGUGAACGUACAGGUGACUGGGGAACAGGUGAACGUACAGGUGACUGGGGAACAGGUGAACGUACAGGUGACUGGGGAACAGGUGAACGUACAGGUGACUGGGGAACAGGUGAACGUACAGGUGACUGGGGAACAGGUGAACGUACAGGUGACUGUUAGACAGGUGAACGUACAGGUGACUGGGGAACAGGUGAACGUACAGGUGACUGGGGAACAGGUGAACGUACAGGUGACUGUUAGACAGGUGAACGUACAGGUGACUGGGGAACAGGUGAACGUACAGGUGACUGGGGAACAGGUGAACGUACAGGUGACUGGGGAACAGGUGAACGUACAGGUGACUGGGGAACAGGUGAACGUACAGGUGACUGGGGAACAGAACAGAUUCAACUCAAGCAGCUUGUCUUUCAGGUAGAAAACAUUGACUUCAGUCCAGCAGUAUUACUGUUAGAAUUACACUACAAAUGAAAUCAUUACAUAAGACAUUCCAAAACCCCGUACAGCAUAAACAGAGGAGGUCACAGUCUCAGGCAUUCUAUUGCAAAGCAUAAUAUACAGGAGGGGUUGGUGGACAUGGUAUGUGAGUUUUAGAAGAGGGUUAUAUGAGGGAUACUAUCUUACAUCAGUAAAAGCAUUAGAUAAUUCAUGGUCAUAUAUUAUAUAUUGUGUUGCAGCAAUCUCUUGCAGGUAAGUUAGUUAGUGAUCUGUGGUUGUUCAAUGCCUGAACAUAAAUUAUUUUACAAAACAAAUGAAGGCACACAUGG